AUGGAUUGUGGGGUUGUGAGGGCAGCAGAAGUGGGAGAGUGUGAGGAGGGGGGCCUGGAAGACUGUCCGGCCCAGUGCCCGCUCUCUGAACCCAGGCCUCGGACCACUGCUCCGGCUGACGCGAUGGUCCAGACAGACACCCACCCACCACACGCAGCGGCAGCAGUCAGCCUGAACCAGUCCAAAGAGGCUCGGAGGGAUGAUGCUAACAUGCACAGCAACUUAUCAUGUCAUGUAGAACUCCUAUCAGCUGGGGUGUGA